AUGCCGUACGGUGGCCGACGCCGCCGCACCGAAUGGGAGCAGUGGAGGCAAACAGGCCCUGGCAGGCGAUACAGAAGUGCUCCGUGGCAAGACUUCGACAUGAAACGCGGCAAGGAGCUACUUCACAACUACCGCGCCCAGGGGGAGCAGUUAUACAAUUACGCAUUCAGCCCCGCUGUUCCCGAGUUUCAAGGUGAAGAGAUGCCAAGUGCCGCCUCGUGGAACAUGAUGAGUACCAUGACCCAGAACUCCAACCAGAUGCUUAUGCCAGACGGAAUCGGGUGGGGAGGGUACAUCAAUGUGCCAGCGGCUGCUCCUCCGACUCCGACUCCUCCGCCCUCCCCCUUCAGCAGUGAUGUGCAGCUCAUCUUCGAUAACAUCCUCCGCUUGCAGUGCAUGGGCCCUCUUGAAGCGGAGAAGAUCUUGAGGGGGACCGUUCGAAGCAUCAUCGAUGCGCUUGGCGGGACGAAGGCAGAUGUUGUCCUAUCCGACCUCGCCCCACGUGUGACAGGUCUUAAGCCGGAAGACCACGUGAACUCGAUGCAAUGCUCGCUGUAUGCCGCCAAGAUUAUGGAUAAGACCUUGCGGCUCGGUGGCUGGUUCGUGGUACGAAGCAUGUUCGGCGCGGAGCAGGACCACUGGAGGACGUAUCUCAACUCACGAUUCGACACCGUGCGCACCAUCCGGCCUGCAGCGUCGAGGUCGCAGUUUGGGGAGAUGUUCCACAUCUGCAGUGGCUUCAUCGGCCGGCAGAGUAUCGCCUCCGAGGUGCAAGUGGAAGGCAACGACCUCUCCAAGUACGAAGGUCUUGAGGAGUGGCAGGGCGAGCUGCAGUGGCUGAGGGGCCAGGGGCUCCUAGACGAAACCGACUAUAUCCCUCCAAAGGAGGUACCUCCUAAGGAUCCCACCACCUGA